GUAAUCAUAGUGGAUCUGCGGAAUCGCCGGUGGUCCAAGCCAUGUGCCUGAUCCAGGCACAGGGCUUUUUGUCGCCCCACGGUAAACUACGCUCCGUGAUUGGACAAUCGGAAACCGCCGUCCCCAUGAACUAUUGAAACGCCAUCCGAACCAUCAGGCCGUAAUCAUAACAGUAGUAAAGUUGCCGACCAGAAUCUUACGCCCCCUCCAUGAUAGAGAUCAAGAUCGAGCACCGGGUCCGGAACUUAAAGUCACUCAACAACCCUACAACAAGUCUUUCGAGCGAAGUUUUUCUUUCUUUCUUUCUUUCUUUUUUUUCCCAGGGCAAGCAUCUAGGCACUUGGCUUGGACGUGGUCCUCCUCAUCUUCGAAAUGGCUUCCUUGACUUGGUGGCUCUCAGUCGCUCUUUAUGCAGGCCUCGGACGAGCCAUUGCAAGUGGUACGAGCGGCGACGUAACCUGCACCGACAACACCGUAUCCACCAAUCUUCUCUCCAACCCAUCCUGGGAGGACGGCUUGGGCUCAUGGAAUUACGUCUAUCCUCGCUCAGUGUCGACCAAUGAAGCAACUGAUGGCACUCAAUCGCUAUUGACUAGUGGCGUAUACCCGUUCCAGACGGCCACCCAAACGAUAUCAGGUCUGGUCCCAGGUACUAGCUAUCAAGCCUCUAUCGACUUCUUGGUACUUGUCACCAAUGUUGCUAUUACCGAAAGCUGCACUGUUUAUCUCUACCAUGACUCUCUCACGUCGGCCAACAUCAUCAGCUCCAAAACCGCGGCUUACAAUCGGAAUACCAACCAGUGGGCCACUUUGAGCGGCGCAUUAACCGCAACCAGUGAAAGUGCCGUGUUUGGCGUGUACAUGACUUGUAGCCCAUAUCGCAUUUCCCAAAUUCAGAUCUACUUUGAUAACGCCAAAUUGCUUCUUGAAACAACCACACAAGUCUGCACCACUGCCACGCCAUCGUCGACACCUAGCUCGACUCCUAGCUCGACUCCUAGCUCGACUCCUAGCUCGACUCCUAGCUCGACUCCUCCGGCAUCCACACCAUCACCACAUUCAUCAAGCCCGGCUUCUAGCAUUGCGUCCUCAUCACCUAUCAGUCAUUCCAGCCCAGCUGCUAGCAUUACUCCCUCUUCACCUGCUAGUCAUUCGAGCCCAGCUGCUAGCAUUACUCCCUCAUCGCCUGUUGGUCAUUCGAGCCCAGCUGCUCCUGCAUCUCCCUCAUCGCCCGUUGGCCAUACGAAAUCCGAUACAUUGGCCCCGACAAGCACGCCCCUUGUACGCAGCUCUUCAUCGGUCUCGCCAUCAUCGGUCCCUACACAGAUUCCUUCAGCAUCCACGCCAGCACCAAACCCGUCAAGCGUGGCUUCUAGCAUUGCUUCAUCAUCACCUAUCGGUCAUUCGAGCCCAGCUGCUCCUGCAUCUCCCUCAUCGCCCGUUGGCCAUACGAAAUCUGAUACAUUGGCCCCGACAAGCACGCCCUAUGUACGCAGCUCUUCAUCGGUCUCGCCAUCAUCGGUCCCUUCGCAAGAACCCUCUGUCUCAUCCCCAGCACAAUCUGACACCCCAACCUCCACCCCUGUGGAUUCACACACCACUGCAUCGUCAGUGUCAAGUCAAUCUGUCGGACACGGUUCUAGUUCUGUCAUUCCUUCAGCUCCUCCUUCAGUCCCAACUGGAUCGACCUCCCUCACAGCAACCACUUCUACCGAGACCAGCACGGAGUUGCAAUCUACCUCUCCAAUCUCAAGCCCAUCAGGCACCUCGACCUCUAGUUCAUCGACUAUUUCAUUUGUUCCUUCGUCUUCUUCCACGGUCGCUCCUUUCUCCACCACCGUCACUUCGACAGCAUCAAACCAACAAUCCUCUGCGACAGGUCCUCUGGAACCUAUUUCGACACCCUCUUCGCCUAUUGAUCUCCCCCCAACGACAUCUUCCGGCCAUAUCACAACUACCAAUGUUGCAUUGACAACUUCUACCGUCUACAGCACGCGCACUUCUACUAUCACCGCCUGUCCUUCAAGUGUGAUCAACUGUCCCGCACGGUCACAAACCACAUAUGUCACCACUGAGACCAUCUACGUUUCGACUACAGUUUGUCCAGUGGCUGAAAGUGAAGCUACUGCGCAUGCUACUUCUACCGGUGUCCCUGCUCAGGGUGCCCCGCAGCCCAGUGAACGAUACACGACCGUGACCGUUUUCAACCCUCACACAGUCACCGCAACUGCCUGUCCAUCGGGCGGCAACGAGUGUGCAGCCUCCGCAAGAACCACUUUCGUUACCACAGAGCUAGAGGCAUCAACUACCGUUUACGUGAUUACCGAGAAAGAGACCUCUCUGCCGACGGGUAGCCCCGCGAUCUCCGUCUCCGUGUCCCCAAUCUUCAGCACCCGUACGACUACAAUCACCUCCUGCCUUCCUGAAGUCACUGGCUGCUCUGCCAACCCAGCUGCUCCCCAGGUUGUGACGGAGACGCUACUCGUCGGAGAGACUACAUAUACGCUAUCUGAAUCAGCAGCUGCUAUGUAUACUGCUCUUCCUCAGGUUGGAUCAACUCCUUCGUCCCGCUUGCUUUCUUCUGUUCCUGUGAGCCACACUGCACAGGCUGUUUCUUCUCAUGCGGCAGAGCAAGUGAAGACUAGCGGAAGCAAGACUACUCUCUCUGUUUCCACUGCUUUGCCAAGCUUGUCGACCUCUACCGGCACAUCUGCGCCAGCGUUCAAUGGUGCUGAAUCGUUGGGUCGUCCAAUGAGCUUGGCUCAGAUCAUUGUCUCUGUUUGCGUCGGAGGUCUUGCGCUCUUGUGGCUCUAGAUUGGACGGUCGUUUCGUGAUGCGUCACAAUCAAUAUUUGUACAUUAGUUAGUUAGAUUCUUUCUUCCGAUUGAUUAUUAAUUGAUAAUAACGUAUUUCAUAAGCGAGCUGGCUUAACGAAUGCAUCUCUUAUAAUAACG